AUGUCAGGAGACCUGGCAGCUGACAGCAGAGGCUGCACACAGAUUACAGUCGAAAAAUUCUCCUUCAGAUGGACCAUCAGCAACUUCUCUUUUUGCUUGGACGGAUUCAUGGGUGAAGACAUUAGAAGUUCCACUUUCUCACCAGGAGCCAAUGACGAACAGAAAUGGUAUUUGAAAGUGAACUUGAAUGGGGUGGAUGAAGAAAGCAGAGAUUACCUGUCACUUUUCCUAGGGUUGCGCAGUUCUCCAACUGGCCCGGUAUGGGCAAAAUUCCAGUUUUGGAUCUUAAGUGCCAACGGAGAGAAAUCCCAUAUCACGAACAGUCCAAGAGUUUUGCGUUUCAGGCAAAACCAAUACUGGGGUUUUAAAAAGUUCCUCCUCCGAGAUGUCCUUUUGUACCUGCCACAUUUGUUUCUCCCAGAUGACAACCUCACACUCUUCUGUGAGGUGAGCAUGGUUCAGGACUACAUCAGCACCUCUGAACAGAACACGCAGCCAAGGAUUCCAAUUCCAAGGUGCACCCUGGUCGAUGAGCUAGGAAAGCUGUGGGAGAAUUCCCGCUUCACAGACUGCUGCCUGGUGGUAGCCGGCCAGGAAUUCCAGGCUCACAAGGCGGUCUUAGCUGCUCGCUCUCCAGUUUUCAGAGCCAUGUUUAAAGAUGACACGGAGGAGAACAAAAAGAACCGCAUUGAGAUUCGUGACCUGACACCUCAAGUCUUCAAGACAAUGAUGGGCUUCAUUUACACCGGGAAGGCGCCCGACCUCCACAGCAAGGCAGAUGCUGUGCUGGCCGCUGCUGACAAGUAUGGCCUGGUACAUUUGAAGGUCAUGUGCGAGAGGGCCCUCUGCAGGGACCUCUCUGUGGAGAAUGCUGCCCACACUCUCAUCGUGGCUGACCGCCACCGUUCAGUGCACUUGAAAACUCAGGCACUGGAUUUCAUUACAGCUCAUGCUUCUGAGGUCUCUGAGACCUCAAGCUGGAAAACAGUGGUCGACUCCUCUCCCCACUUGCUGGCUGAACUAUAUGGCUCCCUGGCUUCUGCACCUGGUCUUUGCCUGGAACCCCCUCUCAAACGCAUGAAGCGAUCUUAA